AUGCGAUUCAGGAUGCGACGAAAACUUUUUCUUUGUAUCCUUAAUGAUGUCAAAGCUUAUGAUGACUACUUUGUCCAAAAAAAGGAUGUGACUGGUCGUCUGGGAUUAUCUUCUAUACAGAAAAUAACAACUGCUGUUCGUAUACUCACAUAUGGUUGUGCAGCCAAUCAUUAUGAUGAGUAUAUUAAAAUGGGCGAGAGCACUGCCAUUAAAUGCUUGAAGGCAUUUUGUAAUGCUAUUAUUGUUGUGUAUGCAGAGGAGUAUAUGCGCCCACCCAACGAAACCGACAUAACACGUCUGCUUGAAGAAGGGGAGCAGAUAGGAUUCCUAUAUAUGCUUGGUUCUAUUGACUGUAUGCACUAG